CACAGGUCUAGCUAGUUAACACGCUGGUUUAGUGGUUAGUCUACGCUAGCUACCAGCUAUCGACCUGUCUUUGUACGUCUCGACGACAGCUGAUGCAGCGAAUACAGCUAACGUGGGAGAGAACACUUGGCUGCCUAUUCCCAGAGGUCUAUUCGCUCAUCAGCCCAGCCCCAGAGAUCAAGUAUCAGACCACAGUCCCACGCACUUUCACAGUAUCUAACACAGUGUGACGAACUAGCUGUGCAGAGUAGAGUACACAACACGUGCACAGCCCUCUGCCAGCCCACCUGCUCUCUCUGCCAAGAAGCCUCUCCAGUCUUAGCAAGCAGGAGUGGGUACGGUGGUGCCCCAGCCCCCUGGUCUGUGGGAUGACUCGAUGAGUGUGGCGGCGGGGAACGGAACAGCGGAGAGACCGAGUGAGAAGAAUGGGCAGGAGGGGCUGUGACUGCAGGUUUGCUGUCCCCACUGCGGUCCUCUACGGCUCCCUGUCCCUGUUUGUCUCCAUCCUACACAACGUCUUCCUGCUCUACUACGUGGAGACCUUUGUCUCCGUUUAUAAGAUCGACAAGCUCUCCUUUUGGGUCGGAGAGACAGUGUUCCUGAUAUGGAACAGCUUAAACGACCCUCUCUUCGGCUGGCUGAGUGACCGCUCCUUCCUCAGCUCCCCACAAUCUGGCCCCCAGAUCUCCAGCCCAGAGGUGGUACUGAAGCGGCUGGCUGCCCUCUCUAGGAAUGGCCCCCUGUUCGCCCUCUCCUUCCUGGCUUUCUGGGUGUCAUGGGCGCGGCCGGGCCUCCAGUUUCUGGUGUGCUUGUGCCUGUAUGACGGCUUCCUCACCGUGGUGGACCUCAACCACAACGCCCUGCUGGCCGACCUGGCCGUGUCGGCCUACGACCGCACGCGCCUUAACUUCCACUGCUCUCUGUUCAGUGCCCUGGGCUCGCUCUCGGUCUUCAUGUCCUACUGCGUCUGGGACAAGGGCGACUUCUACUCGUUCCGGCUGUUCUGCGUAGCGCUGGCGGUCGUCUCGGCACUGGGCUUCACCGCCGUGUCGCGCCUGUUGAAGAGCCGCUUUCAGAAAGAGGCGCGCCUGAGACAGGACGAGGCACUGCAACUCAAAGAGUUGAGUAUUGGCCAGAGCCCUCUAACCCAGCAGGAGAAGCCAGUCACUCUAGGAGAGUAUCUAAGGCAGCUCUCCAAGCACAGAAACUUCAUGUGGUUCGCCUCUAUGAACCUUGUCCAGGUGUUUCACUGUCACUUCAACAACAACUUCUUCCCUCUGUUCCUGGAGCACCUCCUCUCUGACAGCAUCUCUGCCUCCACCGGCUCCAUUCUGCUGGGGAUCUCCUACAUAGCACCCCACCUGAACAACCUGUAUUUCCUGACCCUGUGUCAGCGCUAUGGGGUCUACGCGGUCAUCCGCUGGCUGUUCCUGGUCAAGCUGGCUCUCAGUGUGGCCAUGCUGUUGGCCGGGGCCGACCAGGUCUAUCUGCUGUGCAUCUUCAUCGCCAGUAACCGGGUGUUUACAGAGGGUACCUGCAAGCUGUUGAACCUGGUCAUCACAGACCUGGUGGAUGAGGACUUUGUGGUGAACCAGCGCCAGCAGGCGGCGUCAGCGCUGCUCUUCGGUAUGGUGGCUCUGGUAACCAAGCCUGGCCAGACCUUUGCUCCUCUCAUCGGCACCUGGUUGCUGUGUGUCUACACAGGCUAUGAUAUCUUUGAGAGAAACUCCAUACAGGACUCUGCGGCAGCAUCCCCUGUCUCAGGCCAAGCAGGCUUCACUGUUCCACUUCGCCAGGGUUGUUUCUACCUGCUGGUGUUUGUGCCCAUCUCCUGCGCCCUGCUGCAGCUACUGGCCUGGUCCCGCUUCACCCUCCACGGCCGCCGACUGCAGGGCGUCAAGGCCCAGAGGCAGGGAACCCAGCACAGCCACCUCAUGGAUGUCAAGGCCAUCUGAUCUGAGUCCAGCCCUUCCGCAACCUUCACUCAACUGCAUAAUGCUAUACCACCAUCUGCCACUGGGGUCAGCAGAAUGGAACACUGGAGAACUGAUUGAAAUCCCACUGUCAGGGACAAAAAUAUACUGUGAGAAUCUUGCCUUAUUUUGAUAUUAAGAGGACAAAGACGAUAUGUAUGAACUGAUGACUAAAUGAUACAGCAGAGCCAAUCAAGAAUAAGAUUCCCAUGCCCCUCUCUGGGACAGGGCGAGUAGACCAUCCUAGGUUGAGGUGCAGCCUGGAAUGCAUUUCCAUCCCCAAAGGAACACAGUGUCACCAACUUUGCUAUUACAGUGUGGUUACCCAUUUUUGUAUUUUUCACCCCAUGGCAAAAUGUGUUAAAUUGCUGUGUGAAGGAAAAUAUUAAGUAUGAAAAAAAAUGUGUGUAUGUGCACAUGAGUAUAAAGCCUGAUUUGCAUGGACCUUGUGCUUUAAAUUACAAUUAGUGGUGAACCAUCGCCAUGUUAUUCUCUGUGUCUUUAUGAAGUACUUCUAGCACUAAUCUGCAUGUUCAGAAUUGUAAAAAGUCAAGCAACUAUUUCUCUAUUUGUUUUACCGUGACCAGAUGGACUACUUCUACUAAAAUAGCUGCCGUCUCCAGUAUUCAACGGAAUUGCCUCGUGUUUUCUCACGCAUUGUUUUCACGGUGACGUGUUUAUCGUUUAGGUAGCUCGUACAAAACAAGGCCCUAAACAACUUCUGUUUACAUGUGUACCCCAGUUCAGGAAAGAGACGUUUUUACACAGUGUACAAAACAUUAGGAAUAUCUGCUCUUUCCAUGAGACUGACCAGGUGAAAGCUAUGAUCCCUUAU